CUUUUCAUCUCGGGGAAGCUGCUCCCCAUGGCAGGGAACUUCUGGCAGAGCUCCCACAAUUUACAAUGGAUUUUCGAGAAACAAGAUCUGUUGAAGGAACGCCAGAAGGACUUAAAGUUUCUCUCAGAAGAAGAGUAUUGGAAACUGCAGCUAUUUUUUACAAAUGUUAUUCAAGCUUUAGGUGAGCAUCUUAAGUUAAGACAGCAAGUUGUUGCCACUGCUACAGUCUAUUUCAAAAGGUUCUACGCCAGAUAUUCCUUGACAAGUAUAGAUCCUGUAUUAAUGGCACCUACAUGUGUAUUUUUGGCAUCCAAAGUAGAAGAAUUUGGAGAAGUUUCAAAGACAAGUUUGAUUUCUGCUGCUACGUCUGUAUUAAAAACUAGAUUUUCAUAUGCCUUUCCAAAGAAAUUCCCUUAUAGGAUGAACCACAUAUUAGAAUGUGAAUUCUACCUUGUAGAACUAAUGGAUUGUUGCUUGAUAGUCUAUCAUCCUUAUAGGCCUUUGCUCCAGUAUGUGCAGAACAUGGGCCAAGAAGACAGGUUACUUCGCGUUGCAUGGAGGAUAGUCAACGAUACCUACAGAACGGAUCUUUGCCUUCUCUAUCCUCCUUUCAUGAUAGCCUUAGCUAGCCUACAUGUAGCCUGUGUAGCACAACAAAAGGAUGCUGUACAGUGGUUUGCUGAGCUUUCUGUUGAUCUGGAGAAGAUUUUGGAAAUAAUCAGGGUGAUUUUAAAAUUGUAUGAGCAGUGGAAGAAUUUUGAUGAAAGAAAAGAGGUGGCAACUAUCCUUAGUAAGAUGCCUAAACCAAAACCACUUCCACACACUGAAGGAGAACCGGGUGCAAAUGGAAUCCAAAAUUUGAGCUACAGCCAGUCUUAA